AUGGGCAUCAGCAGUUGCAAGCCAGAAAGACCUCAGAAGGAAGAUAUCAGGCUAAGCGAACUCCACACUAUUUCUGGAUUCCGGACGGUGUCGGACGAAGCGGCCACAGUAUUGGCAGGUAUGCUGCCAUUUUUUACUGGACACGGCUGGUACAGGAAGUAUCUCCAUAGGUUCAGGCAUGAGGACACCCCCGAGUGCUCGACCUGCCCAAAUUUGGACGAAGACUCGGAACACGUGCUGUUCAAGUGCUUGAGGUACAGAGACGCAGUAGGCACUGUAUCUCCACCUGAGGGAAUGGUAACGUUCAUGCUGGAAGGAGAGGACAACUGGAGAAAUAUAAGUCACCUCAUAAUAGGCAUCCAGAGGGAUCUAAGACGAUGCAAAAAGGAGCGCCGAAUAAUGAAGAUUGCCUAA